AAUGAUUUUAAUGAUUACUUCGAAAUGAUUAACAUAUGACAUAUUUAUUUAGAAAUAUUUUAAAGUCUAACGUUAUAAAGGAAUUCUUUGAAUACGGAAAAUUAGGAGUCUAUUGUAAUGCAUUUGAAAUGCAUUUGAAGUGCCUGAUCGUAAUAGAAAUAAAGUACUAAAAAUAGGAAAAAGGAGGUUUGAUAGAAUAGAAUGACCGUUGCGCCACUUCACGACCUUAUUCUUUCGACUGGUAUCUUCGAAAAUGCACCUCACGUGCCUGUAUGACACGCACGGACGUGGUCUAGGGUCUGAUGGUAUGGCGUUCGAAUCGAUCGCGAACUCGACAACCUCGUGAGAAUCAGACGAGAACGUCUCAGCGAGCACGAAAGUGAACGAACCAAGAUCGCGACGUUGAACACGCUGAUCUUCUCUCUUCUUCUUCUUCCUCUUCUCCUUUUCUUUUUCUUCUUCUUCUUCUUCUUCUUCUUCUUCAUCUUCUUCUUCUUCUUCUUCUUGUUCAUGCAUUCAGUCAACUUAUUACUCCUUUUUUCUUUUAGGGUGAAGGAUCAACGAUGCUCGCAUUUCGCCGCCUUCUUUUGAGAAAUCGACGACAUUUUUAUUUCUUCCUGCCUUGGUGGAAUUUCACGUCGUUAUCGCGAAACAGGCGAAAAUGGAGAACGUCAGUGAAGACGUCGACGAUGUGAAAAAAUUGGAAGCACCUCUUGCUUUGAACAAAUUUUGUCCGAGAAAUGUUACGAGUAUUCUUACGAAAGAAAGAAAGAAAUUUAGAAAGAACGGAGUAAUAGGAAGAGGAAUAAGAGGACAAAAAGAAAAAAGAGAAAGAAAGGGAAAGAAGAAGAAGAAAAAAAGAAAAGAAAGAAAAAGGGCACUGAUGAUCGAAAGAAGGAAAAAGGUAAAGAGGAAAGAAAGAGAGAGAGAGAGAGAGAGAGAGAAAAAGUUAUGAAAAAUGAGUCAAAGUCGGUGGCGUAGAGUCCUUUCGGUCAAAGCAGGGAAAAAGCUUAAUUAAAGGGCCAGGACAUUGGUAGGAGACGACGGCGAAUUGCAACGGGACGUCCGGCACGAUGCAAUGGGACGAUGCGUAUACGCUGACGCCACUGGUUGCCGCCACCGCCAGCCGUACAGGCGGCCGCCACUGGCUGCCUCUACGGCACAGAGAAUCCGAGGCUGCCAAGGCAUAUCCCUGUCCCCUCCUGCCCAGAGAAGCCAUCCUCUUAUUCCCACUCCUCCUACGGAGCACCUGUCGUGCCAGGGAGUUCUGCGCGUUAGGGGCGCUCGCCGGAGGUAAGUAGACGGCAGGUUAUCAGUCGACAGAACAUCUUCGUCGCGAACGGAACCGUGAAUCGGCGUGCCUGCGCAUUCUGCGGCGGUGAACAAGAUCGAGAGAGAGAGAGAGAGAGAGAGAGAGAGAGAGAGAGAGAGAUAGAGAGAGAGGGAGAGAGAGAGAGAGAGAGUUUUCUACCGUUUUUGUGGUUACAGCUAUUUUCGAAUCAAUUGAAAGAAAAAAAAAAAAAAAAAGAAAAAAGUAUUCUUACAGAGAUCGGUUUGAAUCGUCCGCGUUUAAGAACGCAUGCGCAAGGGAGACGCGAACUCUAUAGUAAUCUCUCUGUGAGUUUGCGCGAUGCUCGCGACCGCGCCAAGGUAAACGCCGACAAGGAGGUCACGGCACCGGUGAAUUGUGUUAAGUGACGGAAAUCUCGUCAAGAAGAGUCUCGUUCUCGAAGAGUACGACGACGACGAUCACGAGGACAACUAUUACGAGGAACUUUGUCUGGUUUUAAGUCUGGACGAGUGUCGAUGCAGUGUUAGAUCAAACUGAUCCAACUUGCGACUUUACGUCUUUAAGCGUUACGCGCGGUUACUCGCGAAGAGAUCGAGAGUUGAACGUUCGACCUGGAAAAGAAGGAGACAGAAAAAGAGAGAGAGAGAGAGAGAGAGAGAGAGAGAAAGGACGAAAGCGCGAAGAAGCGAUAAGGAGAUAAAGGUGUCUGCCGGGAUGCGGUACGAGAAGCCGUUCAGCUCCAGCUAACACGUGGUGACGAUCCACACACUCCAAGAUCGCGAGGGAAGCGUGUUUCAUCGUGAGAGGCUGGGACCUCCAGGAUGCCAGGGGUGUGGAAGUUGCUACGCAUGCUGAUCUAUAUGGUGGUUGGCUUGAAGAACGUUGGUAGCAACGGCGACAUCUGGCCGCUUGAAAGGCCAGAGGGCAUGCCGGCCAUCCAAUCCCUCGAAGUGAUGUGCGGAAAGGAUCACAUGGACGUUCAUCUCUCGUUUUCGCAACCAUUCGAGGGAAUCGUUUCGUCCAAGGGCCAACAUGCCGAUCCUCGAUGCGUUUACGUUCCACCGUCAACAGGACAAACGUUCUUCUCAUUUCGUAUAGCAUAUGCCAGAUGCGGUACUAAGCCGGACAUGCACGGACAAUUUUACGAGAAUACCGUUGUCGUUCAAUACGAUAAGGAUCUACUUGAAGUUUGGGACGAAGCUAAACGAUUGCGAUGCGAGUGGUUUAACGAUUAUGAGAAAACUGCAUCGAAACCGCCGAUGGUGAUAGCCGAUCUCGAUGUUAUACAAUUAGAUUUUCGAGGGGACAAUGUGGACUGUUGGAUGGAAAUACAACAUGGGAAAGGACCAUGGGCUCCGCCAGUGUCUGGCAUCGUUCCUCUUGGCUCGACUCUAACGCUGGUCGUCGCGAUAAACGAUUACCGAGGUGAGUUCGACAUGCGAGUCAAAUCAUGCGUUGCUUCGGACGGCGGUGGACACACGAUACAGCUCAGCGAUGAGUUCGGAUGCGUUCUAAGGCCUAAGAUGAUCAGCCGUUUUCUCAAGGCCAGAGGAUCGGACGAUCGCGCUACUGUUAUAACAUAUGCUUUCUUCCAUGCAUUCAAGUUUCCUGAUGCUCUUAGCGUCCAUAUCAAGUGCAAGGUGGAGAUCUGUCGGCACGGUUGUCUCGAUCACUGUCAACUUAGCGGCUCGGUAGGACAUUACAUUCAAGAACGUAAGGAUCAGAUCCUUCAGCAAUAUCACCAGACCACAGGAACGCCCAUCAUUCACAACGACGAUAAUAACAGUGCGGAGAAAAACGAAGGGGGCGUAAACGACGAACAAAACGACGGUUCUCUUUAUGAUGACAUCAUUCAAAACGGUGACGAGAUGACUUCGAUAGGCGGACAAUUUCUUGGUGUCGAGAAGUCAGUUGUAAAGGCUCAGCCACAAACUAGCAAUCGACUUGCAGCUCCCGUGAUAGAGACGCAAAACGAGGACGACGUACAUCCGGACGAUCUUUCGCGGCCGUUCUUGGAACCACAGAGAGUUACGAGAUACGAGAGCGACCGUGAACAAUUCCCUCACGGGCCACGUAAUUUAGAAGAGGACGGAGGUUCAAGACCGGUGACACCUUUGUCUUCGGCUAACGUGAGGCGAAAGAGAUCGGUGGUGGUGUCGGACAGAAAGGUUCGAAGUGCGGACGUUGGUGUAAGCGGAAUUUACGAGGUAAUAUCUGAGGCUGACCUGGCCUUCAGUCCGGACACCCAUGCCGAGGCCGUGACGGUAUUUCAAGGUAGAAUAAGGGAGGAGGUUGUAUAUGGUAUUUGUUUGCCAAUGCCAGGCUUCAGUGCAUUGUUCGUCGUCGUAGCCCUUUCAGCCGUAGUCUCUGCAUUAGUUGCCGGUGCUAUGUUGCAUCGAUUGCAAGCACAACGUGAAGCGGUCGUAGGUAAUAGCAGAAAAAAUCGACCGGUCGCUACGACCAACGGUUGGUUGCUUUAUGGUUUCCUUCGUGUACGUUGUACAACGAGACCACAACCACCACCGCCACCACCGCCACCGUCAUCGUCCUCAUCCUCGUCGUUAUCGUCGUCAUCGUCGUUAUCAUCGGCAACGUCAUCGUCAUCAUCAUCAUCAUCGGCGCAAUUGCAAAAACAAACGAACGAGAUUGUCUCAAGGGAGACACCAUCGAUCGAGAGAGGCUGAUCCGAAAGUAACGACUCCAGCGACUCGACGAAUAUAAUCGGACAGCAUUAUCGGACAGUGAUAAAAUGCUCUCCGAGAGACUAUGUGCAAUAAUACGCUGUACAAAGUAAAACGUAAGUGCGUAGGAUCGCGCCCGAGUAAUCUCCCGAGUCGUAUUUAGUCGAGAGUAAUAGUCUCUUUUCUUUCUUUCUUUCUUUCUUUCUUUAUUUCUAUCUUAUUUUUCUUUCCAACGCAUUUCUUUCCUUUUUUUUUUUUUUCUUUUCGUUUAUCUUUCUUCGUUAUUCUCUUCUUCAUCUUAUUCCGAAGUACAUUCUCGAAAGAUUUAGUCGUUUGUAUUCACGGGACGCUGAUCUUCGAUCGUUCAAACUAUACUUCUCGAGCCAUUAAUGCCAAGUCGUAUUGUCUCUCUUUUUUUUUGUUUUCCUCUCUUUCUCUCUCUCUCUCUCUCUCUCUCUCUCUCUCUCUCUCUUUCUCUUUUUCUCUCUCGAAGUCAGAAUAUCGUGAAACGAUAUUUAAGCGAUAAUAGCGAGACGUGUCUGGAAAUAUACAACUUCUUCAUUGCCGAUACAUUCGAGAAAAGAUCAUUUCUUGUCUACCUGAAGUCAUCGAAUUGUACGUGCUGUUUAAUUUUCUUAUUAUUUAAGUUAAUAAAAA